AUUGCAAAGCUUUUCUAAGUUUCAGUUGGAGUCCUGAUCUGUCCUUACACUGACACCUCUGGAUUUAAAUCAAAGCAAUGUUACGACUGCUUUUUGUCGGGGUUGUGGCUUUUAUAGGUUUAUCUAAUGGAUUUGGUGUGUUACCAGAUGAUCUUCUGACAGCCUCUGUUGGAGGGACAAUAACGUUCACAACAAACUUGAAUCCAACAGAAACACCAUUUGUAUUUGUCAACUGGCAGUUUGAUCCUGAUUCUAGACCUGAACUCAUAAUUGUAUCACUGACUACUGGAGACACAACUGCACCAGGAUAUGAAGGCAGGAUCACUCUCUUCAGAUCAACUGGAUCUCUGGAACUCAGGAAUCUGAAACUCAGUGACAGCGGAGAGUACAGAGUUACCAUUCAAGAUGGAAUAAAUCAAAAGAUAGGAUACACUACACUGAAUGUUUAUGAACCAGUCUCCAAUGUCAGAGUCUCCCCACUAAGUGCAGACCUGAUUGAGUUCAACAGCUCUGUCAGUCUGUUCUGCUCCUCCUCUGGAUCUUCUCUUUCCUUCCUCUGGAUGAAAGAUAACUCUCAGGUCACAGCCAGCGACAGGGUCCAGAUCACUACAAAUGAAGAAAACUCCAAUCUGACUAUAGUCAAUGUGACCCGAAAUGACCAGGGAUCUUACACCUGCCAUGUGUCCAAUCCUGUCAGUUCUGACAUCAGUGAUCUAGUAAAAAUCUCUGUUAGUUAUGGUCCGGAUAAUGUACAAAUAGAAGUGUAUCCAUCACAGGAACAUCAUGAAAUUGGGUCAGGUAUUAAUCUGACCUGCUCUGCUGACUCAUCACCUUCUGCUGAAUAUCAGUGGUUUCUGAAUGGAGACAAGUUGACCAGUAGCGGUCCAUUGCUCAGACUGACAAAUAUCCAGAUGAGUCAGAGUGGAAACUACAGCUGUCAGGCCUUUAACAGCAAAACUCUGACAUAUCAAACAUCUCAACCUUCACCAAUCUCUGUACAUGAGCGAGUCUCUAAUGUAAAGGUUACUCAGGACCUUACCCACUUGAUUGAGUUCAAUGGGUCUGUCAGCUUCUCCUGCUCCUCCUCUGGAUCUUCUCUUUCCUUCCUCUGGAUGAACAGCAGCUCUGAGGUUUCAGUCAGUGACAGAGUUCAGAUCACUGAUGCAGGAUCCAAGCUGACUAUAAUCAAUGUGACCAGAUAUGAUGAAGGAUCAUACAGCUGUAAUGUGUCCAAUCCUGUCAGCAGUGCCAAGAGUGAUCCUGUAAACGUCUCUGUCAGCUAUGGUCCAGAGAAAGUCAACUUAGAACCAACUUCUCAGAAAUAUCUAGAAGGGUCAAACAUCAGUUUGUCUUGUUCAGCUGACUCCAGACCUAAUGCCACUUUUGAAUGGUUCUUUAAUGGAAACUUGUCUGGCUCUGGAUCUGAGCUCAGACUCAUCAAUGUUCAGAAGAAUCAGAGUGGAAACUACAACUGUCGGGCCUUUAACAGUAUAACCUCAAGAUAUCAAUCAUCUCAACUUUUACCUAUCUCUAUAGAAGAUAUCUCUGCAGAAGAAUCUGGACGUCUCUCAGCCGGUGCCAUUGCUGCAAUAGUAAUUGCAUGCUUGAUAGUUUCUGCUCUAGGAGCUGUUGGAGGCUUCUUUAUUCAUAAGAAAAUAAAAAAUGACCAAGCUCAAUCAGAGUCAGGUAAAACAGAACAAGAACAUGAGUAUGAAAACAUGGCAAACUUAUAUGAUAAAAUAUAAAAUCUCCAGUUUUCCUUCAUUAAAAGAUCAUCAGAAAUUAAGAUACCAAGGUAGUAUAUAACUAUGGAGAAGGAUGAAAAUAAUAUUAAUACUCUAGAUUUAUUUGAUAAAUGUGUAUAAACAAUAGUGUUUUAAUGUACUUUUAUUUUAGAUAUUUACACUAAUUUCCAUUCUUGUAAGUUACAUAGUCACAUUGGCAAAAAAAUGUUUAGUUCAGAGAUUAUAUUUAUAAUCUGUAUUGCUUUUGUCAGCAUCUGUUUUAAGAGUAAUUUAAUUAGAAAGCAUGCUAAUUUGUGUUACUUUGACAAAAUGUGGAAAGGUUCAUUUACCUUUUUUGCCAAUUAGAAAAGGUUUAAAGUGGCUGUUCAAUUUAAUAUUAUUAGGGAAUUUGUGCCAGACAUCAGUUAUUUGUAGAAGGCAAGCAACAAAAGUUGCUGAGUUCUUCGUUUUAUGUAUCUAAGUAAUAGAAAACAUACUUUUUGUUCUUUUGGUAUUUUGUAUUUUGCUGUUGAUUAAACUGGUUGCAGGUCUGACAAAA